UGUUUCUUUUUUUAUACAAACCGUUGUCGCGAGAUCCGUCGAGUUGCUGAUUAUUUAAAUACGACUUAGAAAAAGAAAAGACAGGGAGAAGGAAAAAGAGAGGAAGUUCGAAGGGAAGAAAGAUUUGUAACGUUUUCGCUGGUUAAUGCGCAAUAUCGCAAGAGAAGCGGAAGAACACGGUGAAACGUGUGACACGUUGGUGUUGGUAUAGAGGAGUUCUGUAGCCCCGCGGCGGAUCGGUCGAAUUGUUUUUGUCGGUUGAUAAAGAAAACAGAAGGUCGCAAAUUGAAGAAUGGUAGUCAAGAACGAGAACACCAGGAAUGGGCAUGAGCUGGCUCCGUUGAACGAGGAACGUCAGGCUGGCCAGAACGUGACAAUCGUUGUGUCCGGAACUCAAAAUGUUGCUGCUGGCAGUCAAGAGACUAAAGAGGAGAACAGAGCAGAAUGGAGCGGCAAAAUGCAAUUUUUCCUCAGUAUUAUUGGCUACAGCGUGGGACUUGGGAAUAUCUGGAGGUUCCCUUACCUGUGCCAACAGAACGGUGGAGGUGCCUUUCUCAUCCCCUUUUUCGUGAUGCUAAUCCUAGAGGGUGUACCCCUCUUUUUAAUCGAGCUGGGUCUCGGUCAACGAAUGCGACAGGGUGCCCUUGGCGUAUGGAACACGAUACACCCGUGGCUAGGCGGCAUAGGAAUAGCAUCGUGCAUCGUCACCUUCUUCGUAGCGCUUUAUUACAACGUCAUCAUUACCUGGUGCUUCUACUAUCUUUUCAAUUCGCUCGAGGCUGUCACGAUUAAGUUCGGCGAACCGUUACCAUGGGCGACAUGUCCGAAGGUUGACGGGAAGCCGGUCGAGGAAUGUGUGAAGAGUUCGGAAACUGCCUACUUUUGGUACAGAACUACAUUGGACGCUGCACCGUCGUUUGAAGAAGGCCAGAGUCUCAAGUGGUGGAUCGUCCUUUGUCUGCUGUUAAGCUGGAUCGUCGUCUUCUUUAUCGUGAUGAAGGGAAUACAAUCAUCGGGAAAGGUGGUAUAUUUUACAUCCAUGUUCCCGUAUUUGGUGCUUACUAUCUUUUUUAUUCGUGGAAUAACGUUAAAAGGUGCCAGCGCUGGAUUGGCCCACAUGUACACGCCAAAGAUCGAGAAACUAUUAGAGCCGACGGUCUGGCUCGACGCAGCGACGCAGGUUUUUUACAGUUUCGGGCUAGCGUUCGGCUCCUUGAUCGCGUUUGGAUCGUACAACACCCCGGACAACAACUGCGUCCGGGACGUGAUCCUGGUUAGCGGUUGUACGACAAUGGUCGAUAAGUGCCUCGCCAGGAACAAAGACUUACUAUUCCAAAAUGGACUUACAGCGCACGAGAACAUCACUAUGGAGGAAUACGAUCAGGUUGUAAAUACGUUAAACGCAUCUGUGUUGAAUCUUACUAUUGAAACGUGCAGUCUUAGCGAACAGUUAGAUAACGUAGCAGAAGGGACAGGAUUGGCUUUUAUAGUCUUCACACAGGCGAUAGUCGAAUUGCCUGGCGCGCCAUUUUGGUCCUGCAUCUUCUUCCUCAUGCUUCUAGCACUCGGCCUGGGUUCUCAGAUCGGUAUACUAGAAGGAAUGUUGUGCGUUAUAUUUGACAUAGAUCUAUUCAAGAGAAUAAAGAAGCAAUACAUGACAGGAGUGGUCUGCACUGUCUGCUUUUUCGUUGGUCUGAUCUUCUGCACCGGUGCAGGAGAAUAUUGGCUGAAAAUGUUCGACAGUUUCGCUGGUACCAUUGGUCUUGUAAUGGUCGCGCUCAUGGAAAUGAUUUCUGUCAUCUUCAUCUAUGGUCACGAGAAAUUCACCAAAGAUAUCGAAGAAAUGACAGGAUACAAACCAGGGAUGUAUUGGCAAUUCACCUGGCGGUUCCUCGCGCCCUUAAUUAUGGUCUGUAUUCUCCUCUCCAGUAUAGCGUCUAUGUUCAUCAAAAAGCCCCAAUAUUCUGCUUGGGACGCGUCCCGGGGUAUAACGGUGCCUACCGCCUAUCCCAGCUGGGUGUUGGCCAUAGCGGUUGUCAUCAUUUUCGCGGGCAUCGCGCCAAUACCGAUUGUAUUCCUUUUGAGACGGUUCCAAUGCGUCAAGCUGGACGUUGACAUUCAUCAGGGCAGCAUACGACGUAUCGAUACCACCGUUUCCACCAAAGAGAUGAUGGGCGACGUCGAUAUGGACGAAUAUCACGAUCGCCUCGAGGACUUUCCGGAAGAAGACGAAGAUGUGAACAGCGACGACGAUAACAACAGCGCACCGCCAAUCACGAAGAUCGUGCCCAAUAAAUUUCAGGGUAAACCCUUCAAAAUGGAAGUGAUGGACUAUUAAUCGAACGUUUGUCCCGGGUUCGCGAUCGAUUCUCGACGCUGUUUCGUCGAACGAACAACGGAGAAAGAUGUGGAUAAAUUGGGAAGAAAUUUAUCCCUACGCGAGAGCACACCUUCGGUGUUCUUUAGGAGACGCGUAAGAAGAAAACGAGAGACGAACUUAUCGAUCUGGAUGAUCGAACGAAGAUGAUCGCGAGGUGCUUUUCGAAAGCAAUACUUUACCUUCCGUCGAACCUGUGACACGGGAAUUAGUGUACGAAGCAAAUAAACGAAAACCAAAAACAAAAAAAAAAAAUGAGAAGAACAAAAUAAGAAGAAAAAAGAAAGAAUAAGACAGCGUUACAGAAAAAUGUGGUAAUCGUAACGAGAGAGAGACCGAUUUUAAUCGCGCUCGAGAUCGUUUCGUCGCGCAUUCGUUAUUAUUUUUCUAUUGGUUUGCUCGGUUCUAUGAGACGCAAAGUAUAAUAUCAUUUUUAACGGCCUGAACGUCAUGGAAACGACGACGAUUCUGUUUCACUGUCAAACGAGAUUACACUCUUUGACGUGUUCUUUACGUUUGCUCGUUCGAUUUCAAUUAUACAUCAGACAAAAAAGAAAUUAGAGAAUCACACGUGUAACCACCUGUUUAACAUCGUCGUCGUUCAACAAUUAUAGAUAUCCUCCGCGAAGAAACGAAUCGCGUUGAUAUUAGUCUCCCUCCUUCGCGACUUUAGUAGAAGAAAAAAGAGUAAAAAA